CGGUGAUUCUGACAACUGUAUCUGACUGAAGAAAAGAGAGUACAAGAAAAUAGUCAUCAUGCAUCGAAAACAAUCCCUCUUGAUUGCGGAAGCUCUUGUUCUGGCGCUCUUCCUUAGAGAAGGAGCAUGUGACUCAAUUUGUCCCAAUGGUAUAACAAACAUUACAGCAUCCAGUGGUAGUCUCAUAUAUCCCACGUCAGGUAAUUAUGGCGUGAAUGAGACCAAGUGUUGGAUAAUCGUAGUCCCUGACACAUAUGAAAGUAUCAGAUUUCAAUAUUACAGCUAUGACAUAGAAACAUGCAAGGAUUGUGAAUGCGACAGUUUUAAAAUCAGUAACACCUACAAUGGUUUAGACCAGCAACCCGGUAAAGGUUGUGGAAGAUACAGUUACAACUAUUUGUACGAGUAUCUCUUUUUCGUCGAUUGGAGUGGUGGGAGCAUUCAAAAUUUUCCAGGAUCGAUUGCCUACAUUCGUUUCGUGUCUGAUGAUACUGAACAUUACAAAGGAUUCAAUCUCACAUUUAUUGCUGGCUCAAGCUCAGAGGGUAGAUCAAACUAUCUCAAUGCAUCCGAAGACGAAACUAUUACAUUCGGUACACCAAAGGUUGGCGCCCAGAAUUACCCAUCAAAUUACAAAGAGCAGUGGUUCUUAAUUGUUCCUAAGGGAAGGCAAGUCCAGAUAGACUUCGACACGUUUGAUCUGGAGGAUAGUAAAGACUGCAGAAAUGAUUACGUUGAGUUCCGUGAAGCAUAUGUUACGGUUGGUGAUCCCAAAACUAUCACUGGUCAGUACGGUCCAAUGCUGACCGGACGACUGUGUGGAAAAACCAAGCCAAGUUCAAUGCAGAGUAAAGGAAGCAUUGUCUGGGUUCAGUUCAAAAGUGACAGCAACUCUACCACGGUUUACAAGGGAUUCAAAGCUUCAUUUAAAGCAGGACAAGGGAGAUUGUCUGUCAGCAACCCAUCGAUGCUUCUUUUCGUCUCAGCUCUGAUGAUGGUCGCUUCAAAGAAUAACUUGUUCUAA